AAGCUACUCCCCAUAGCAAGAUGUACAUGACAGGGGCCGAGCAACAGCGUUCACUUUUGUCGGAAAGAAGCAGGCUCCUGGACCAGGUGCUGGCGUCUGGGACAGGAACCUGGUUGGCGGGUCGGCAAGGUGACCAGCUCCCAGCUGGCUCAGGACCCCGGCGUCAGCCCCUCGCUCACCUUCUCUUUCUUCGGACGCCAACCCUUUCAUAGUUCAGAUGUGCUCUGGAUGGCAACGUUGGGCCGUCGGGUGCAGGGCGGGUGAGGCCGCCCGUGGCGCGCGCGGCCGCAGGGGUGGGCGGAGAAGAUCGCGAUGGAGGAGGAGGAGGAGAAACAGCAUCGCGCAGCCUUUCCUCUCCUCCUGCCCUUCCUCUUCCUCUCACUCCACCCCCCAGGGGGAGGGACCCUGGCCCUUCGGGAAUGUUUUCGGGCGGAGGUCUGGGAAGGCGUGCAGCUCCGGCGGCCCCUCCCCCGCUCUCCCUGCGCCCGCCCCUUCUCCGCCUCCUCCCCAUCCUUUCCAGGUCCCCGGCAGCGGCUCGGGGAGCAGCCGGCGGCGCCGCGGCCGCGCAUCCUUUGUGUCGGGCCGCCGGGCGCGCGGAGCCCAGCACAGGCAAGUCACCCGGGGACGGAGGAGGCAGAGAGGACGGGCAGUCGUGGUCGUGGAGAAACGGGAGAGGAGCCGGCGCGCGCCACCGUCACCACCAUCACCAUCAUCAUCACCACCACCACCACCACCACCACCAUCAUCACUGGCCGUAACCCAUCCCACUCCCAGCCUCACCUCCCAUCUCAUGGCCCUGUGCAACCCAACUUUAUCAGACGAUUUGCUUGUCGUUGGGUAGUACUUUAAAAAGGCGGCAGAGUGCGCUAGAUUAGGGACAGGUACCUUUACCACAGGACUUUUGUUUGCCGAUUAGCUGCCUUUGCUUUCCCAUCAGGAAAAAGGGGGC